CAAGGGAAGAGACGACUUUAAAAGGCCCAAAUGGAAAAGUCAAAGUCAGGGUGAUCUAAUGGCUGAGAACAAGCCUCCACCGCCAUUGUCAUCGUCUAAACCUCUGCCGACGAUCGCGUUGCCGUCCAGGGCUUCGAUGCAGAGUAUGUUCUCAGGCGGGCCGGGCGCCAGUCCAGGCCCGAUGUCCUUGGUUUCGAGUUUCUUCGCCGAAAAUGAACCGGACCAGGAUUUCUCCUCGUUCUCGCAGCUCCUCGCCGGAGCCAUGUCGUCUCCGGCGCCUGUUUCAAACGCCGGCCACAGUUUCGCCCCGCCGAAGGACGAAGGCGGUGGGAGUGACGACUAUGGGUUCCAGCAGAAUCGGCCGGUCGGAUUAGCUUCGUCACUGCCGCCACCGCCGCCGCUGUUUACUGUUCAGCCCGGGUUGAGUCCGGCGGGGUUCCUCGAUUCUCCGACGCUCUAUUCUCUGCAUCAGGGUUUGAUGUCACAUCAAGCUAUUCUUCCCCAUAUUAGUCAAGUGCAGCCGCAAGGACAAGGCCAGAUGCAUAUCCAGUCGGAAUAUGCUUCAUUAUCAGCUGCUCCAGCUAUGUCUAUGUCUCAGCUUCACUCUCUUCCUUUGUCUGCAUCUUUACCUCAGCAGCAAAUACAAGCUCCUCUGACUGCCCCAAAAAUGACCGACUCAUCUGAUGUGUCUUUCCCCGAUCAGAAACCCCAACCUCAAAAUAUUGUCAUUGAUAAACCUUCAGACGAUGGUUAUAAUUGGCGCAAGUAUGGUCAGAAGCAGGUGAAGGGCAGUGAAUUCCCAAGAAGCUACUAUAAAUGCACUUUUCCGAACUGUCCAGUGAAGAAGAAGGUUGAGAGGUCGCUCGAUGGUCAGAUAACUGAGAUCAUAUACAAAGGCCAGCACAAUCAUCAUCCACCGAGUAAGCGACCGAGAGAUUCAGGAAACACCAGCGAGGCCGUGAAUCCUCAAGAUAUGGAAUCGAGCCAUGUUACGCCUGAGCAAAUGUCUGGUUCGAGCGACAGUGAGGAAGUCGGUAAUGCUGAAACUGGAGUGAAUGGUGGAGAGGAGGAUGAACCCGAGUCCAAAAGAAGAAAGAUUGCUGAAACUCAGAUUUAUGAGCAGGCAUCAAAUCAUCGCACAGUUACUGAGCCUAGAAUCAUCGUUCAGACCACCAGUGAAGUCGACCUUCUAGAUGAUGGCUAUAGGUGGCGGAAGUAUGGACAAAAGGUUGUUAAAGGGAACCCUUAUCCGAGAAGCUAUUACAAAUGCACUAACUCAGGGUGUAAUGUCCGGAAGCAUGUUGAAAGGGCUGCAAAUGAUCCAAAAGCUGUAAUAACAACGUACGAGGGCAAGCACAACCACGACGUGCCUGCUGCUAAAAACAGCAGCCAUAUCAAUACCACUGCUUCUUCGCAAUCAAGACCACACAACACUGCCAUCGCAAAUAGACCGGAAUUCGGGAACAAGGAGCGGCAGCCAGCUGCACUACUCCGAUUCAAAGAAGAACAGAUAACCUAACCCUCUUUGAAGAGGAUAG